AUGCGUCAUGAACCUAUUUGUGUCGUUACUGACCAAGAUCCAGCUGUUAAGAUUGCAGUUGCUCGUGUGUUUGGUACAUCAAAACAUAGAUUCUGCAUGUGGCAUAUAAUGUGCAAGGUUGGUGAGAAGGUUGGACCGGUCUUAGCUAAGGACGAGGUGUUUAGGAGGAAGUUGAAUGGCAUUGUUUGGAACAAAUCUAUAGAUUCCAAAGCUUUUGAGGAUUCAUGGAGUCGUAUCAUAGAGGAAUAUGGUUUGGUUGAUAAUGGUUGGUUUCGUUACUUGUUCGAGUCUCGUACAUUUUGGGCAUCUCCAUACUUUCAUGAUGAGUUUAUGUCGGGAUUUGUUAGGACAACAUCUCGAUCAGAGUCUCAAAAUAGUUUUUUUUUUUGCAGUUUCUCCAAUGGUCAUUCUAGUUUGGUUGAGUUUUUGGUGCAUUUUGAUAGUGCUAUUAGUGCACAACGACAUGCCCAAGCAAAAUUGACUGCUGACUCUGAAUCAUGCUUUCCUGUUUUGAAGACUCCAUUGGCGCUGGAGAAACAUGCAAUGGAUGUCUAUACCAUUUCUGUAUUUUAUGAUGUGCAAGUAGAGAUUUGUGAAGGUUGUUUUUCUUGUCGAGUGGUGUCUUUGUGUGAGUGCGAUGGUAAGGUGUGCUAUGGGAUAAAAGAUGGUGACAAGAAGGCAUGGUGUGUGGAGUUUUUGUUGGCUGACUGUACUGCUAUAUGUUCAUGCAAAAUGUUUGAGCGGAUGGGGUUGACAAAGGUUGCUUGUUUGAAGCCAAUAUUUGAUAUUGAUGAUACGGUUGUUGAUCAAUCGGCUAAAGUGGAUAAUGUUAGGGUGAUUACUAAUCUAAUGUGGUCUGAAAUUUAUGCUUGCGUGGGAUUGGCUGAUGGUAAUGUAGAACGGUUGGAACAACUAAGACGUGGGUCAACAGUGGAGGUUCGUGAUCCAAUUAAAGUUCAGAACAAGGGCGGCGGGAAGCGGAUGAAGAGUGCAAGGGAGAAAGCUGUGAAUAAGUGUGUAAAGCAAUCAAGGAAAUGUCAUACUUGUGAUGAAUAUGGUCAUAAUAGUGGGACGUGCCCAUUAAAUGGCUAG